AUGGAUAGCGGUGAUAAAUAUUGUAUGCCUAACAUACAGGCCAAUCGAAAAAGUGUAUCUUGUUCUCAGAUGAAUGUUCAGGAAGAUAUUCUGUCACCCAACAUUUUCCUAAACAAAUUAAAUAUUCCAUUGAAUUGUCUUGGCGAUGAUCGAAUUCGACAACAAUAUCUUGAAGAAUAUUCAGCUAAAUAUUUUAAAGCAAAACAUUUAUUGAAUAAUGCACGAAAAAAACAACGAAAAAUUAUUAUGAUUUACUAUGAAGAAAAAGUUAAGCAAAAUAAUAUCGAUGAAUUACAAACAAUUAAAGAAUCAUUACUCAAUGAAAACGAAAAAAUCAAAAAAUUUAAAGACGCUUUAAAAGAUAAACUUACGAUCUAUCAAAAACGUAUUCAACUUCUUCAAGACACUGAAUUUUGGUCAACAUAUGACAUUGGACAAACGCAAAACAAUACGCAUGGAUCAAUUGAAUAUUGCGCAGAGAACCAUCUUGUUGAUAAUAUAUGUACAACGAAUACUUACGAAUAUUAUUAUUCUGAAUUGAAACUAAACGAAGAUAAUAUGUCUUCCAUAAAUAAUAAUGAUUAUGAUAAUAAAUUAAAUGAUUCAUUUGAUAAUAAUGCUAUCUCGAAUCGAAAAGAUGAUCAUAAUCUUAUUGAAAUCAAUUUAAAACAUCCAAAACAGUAA